AUGUUCACCCAUACCACCACCUCUCUUGACACUCUUGACGAGCCUUCUCUCGCCCUCGUCUGCCAGGCCGCCAGGAUGGCAGCCCACCCCACCACUGGCGACGCCACUGACCUGCUCGAGACGAAGCAGAUCAACACCUUCACCAUAUUUGUCUCUCGCUUUAUCAAACCUCGCAACUCGGUCUGGCGUCAGAUUUCUGCACCCGAGCGCAGCCGCCUCCUCGAGGCCAGAUACCCCGAGUCGACCAACACCAACGGGAAGGCAGACGCUCAUAGCUUCACUCAAAUCUUCAGAGAGUGGUACGGCGACCUCAUCCACUUCAUGCCAGAAGUUCUUUGCAUGGCGCCCAGACGACCCGUCGUCGCAGUGGCCCGCGAAGCGCCCCCUUCCGGUUCAACACCAGCCCUUCCUCUGGAGUCCUCGACUCAAGAAACAACUAGUUCCGAGCUAGCCGAGAUGAAGAAGCCCCUCCACUCCUCCAUCGAGAGGUUGAGGGACGAAGAAAAAAUUACGGAAGCCUUCGUUUCCAAGAAGAGAAAGAUAGCAGCUCCCGGCACAGCGGGACGCUCUGCCCUCUCCAGCGUCUCCAUGGCCGCAGAGGGCACCAGCAGUAGGAAGCUCUUUCACUUCUCCGUCAAAAGGUUGAGGGAUGAAAAAGAAGUCACGGAAACCCUCGUCUUCACGAAGAGAAAGAUGGCAGCUCCAGGCACCGCGAGACGCUCUAUCCUCUUCAGCGUCUCCACCGCCGCAGAGAACACUAGCACCGAGGAGCCGCAACAUCGGUCCCGGCCCUUGGGAGAAGAGAUCGCUCGCUUCGGAUGCAGAAACCAAGGUUCUUCCUGGACGUCCAGGAGUUCUCCUAUCCACUGCUGA